AUGACACCACCCGCCGCCACAACGUACGCCCAAAAUGGCAACUCUUCGCCGGCCACCGCCGCCACAACCAAACCCGGUGCCGGCUCCGGCCCUGGUAGUAGUCCGCUGAACCGGGCCGGCGAACUCGAGCAUCUUCUUCAAGCCGUCCAGCAGCUCAUCCUACCCUUUGUACGGGCCGCCGACGACGCCGCCGCGGAGAAGCCUACCGGUGCCAUCCCCAAGGGCCGUCCCAACGUCCUCGUCCAGACCACCGCCCCGGCCGAGCUCGCCGCCAAGCUGGACCUCGUCUUGCCUGCCGAGGGCCAGGGCGCGGACGGCCUGCUGCUUAUGAUCCGCCGCAUCUUAGACUAUAGCGUCAACACCUGGGACCAGGGCUUCCUCGACAAGCUCUACGCCAGCAACACGCCGGUCGGCGUCAUCUCCGACAUCAUCCUCUCCAUCCUCAACACAAAUCUCCACGUCUACCAGGUCUCGCCUGCCCUCACCGUCAUUGAAAAGGCCACCGGCCGCGCCCUCGCCCGUCUCUUCGGCUUCGAGGGCGACUUUGCCGGCGGCAUCACCUGCCAGGGCGGCAGCUCUAGCAACCUGACCUCGCUCGUCGUCGCGCGCAACACGCUAUACCCGGAGACCAAGUCACGCGGCGUCGCCGGCGCCGGGCGCGACUUUGUCGUCUUCACCAGCGCCCACGGGCACUACUCGGUCGAGAAGAGCGCCAUGAUCUGCGGACUCGGCGCCGACGGCGUGUGGGCCGUGCCCGUCGACGACGAGGGCCGCAUGCGCGUCGCCGCGCUGCGCGAGCUCGUCGCGCAGGCCAAGACGCAGGGCAAGACGCCGCUGUACGUCAACGCCACGGCCGGCACCACCGUCCGCGGCUCCUACGAGUCCUUUGCCGAGAUCUCUGCCGUCUGCAAGGAGCACGGCAUGUGGAUGCACAUCGAUGCCAGCUGGGGCGGGCCGGUCGUCUUCUCGCGCGCGCACCGGCACAAGCUCGCCGGCGCGCACCUCGCCGACUCCAUCACCAUCAACCCGCACAAGAUGAUGAGCGUGCCGACCACCUGCUCGUACCUGCUGGUGCCCGACACGCGCACCUUUAAAGUCGCCAACAGCACCAAGGCCGGGUACCUCUUCCACGAGGGCAGCGGCGAGGACGGAGAGACGUGGGACCUGGCGGACCUGACGCUGCAGUGCGGCCGCCGCGGCGACAGCCUCAAGCUGGCGCUCGCGUGGCUGUACUACGGCGCGGACGGCUUCGAGCGGCAGAUUGACCACGCGUUCGCGAUGGCGUCGCUGCUGCACGCGCGGCUGGAGGCGACGGGCAACUUCGCGCUGCUGUCCGGCCGGGAGACGCCGUGCUUGCAGGUGUGCUUCUACUACGCGCCGGGGGGCGCGCUGGCGGCGGACAAGGCGGUCAACACGGAGCGGACGCGGCGCAUCGUGCACGCGCUGAUCGAGCGCGGCUUCAUGGUCGACUACGCGCCGGGCGACAGGGGAAGCUUCCUCCGCGUGGUGGUCAACGUCCAGACGCUGCCGGGCACGGUGGGGGGCCUGGCAAAGGCCCUGGACGAGGUGGCUGCCGAGGGCCAAUGA